UUUCCAAUAUUGCUUCCCAAAGUAUCUAAUACAUGGGUUUCAAUUCAAAAGCAGCUGAUACACGUUGACAACUCUGGUAACACUGUAGUGACGCGAAAUUUGCGGCUUUUAGACUGUUGUUAGUUUAUUGAAUUUUUUGACAAUUUUUGUUUUUAGAUAAGCAAUUUCCGAUCUAAACGAAGUCGUAACGAACUGCCAAGCUUAUAAUGGCAGGCAACUUCUGGCAGAGCUCGCACUCACAGCAAUGGAUACUCGAUAAGCAGGAUUUGCUACGUGAACGCCAAAAUGAUUUGCUGGCUCUCAGCGAGGAUGAAUACCAAAAGAUAUUUAUAUUUUUUGCUAAUGUCAUCCAAGUGCUGGGUGAGCAGCUAAAGCUUCGGCAACAGGUCAUUGCCACGGCAACCGUAUAUUUCAAACGUUUCUAUGCUCGCAACUCAUUGAAAAAUAUUGAUCCUCUGCUCCUGGCGCCCACUUGCAUCCUGCUGGCCUCGAAAGUGGAGGAGUUUGGUGUUAUAUCCAAUUCGCGUCUGAUCUCUAUUUGUCAGUCGGCCAUUAAGACCAAGUUCAGCUAUGCAUAUACACAGGAGUUUCCCUAUCGCACGAAUCACAUACUCGAAUGCGAAUUUUAUUUAUUGGAGAAUCUCGACUGUUGCCUAAUUGUAUUUCAACCGUAUCGGCCUUUGCUGCAACUGGUUCAGGAUAUGGGACAAGAAGAUCAGCUAUUGACUCUUAGCUGGCGCAUAGUGAACGACUCGCUGCGCACUGAUGUUUGCCUGCUGUACCCGCCCUAUCAGAUUGCCAUUGCCUGCCUGCAAAUCGCAUGCGUCAUCUUGCAAAAGGAUUCCACCAAGCAAUGGUUCGCUGAGCUGAACGUCGACUUGGACAAAGUGCAGGAGAUAGUGCGCGCGAUUGUCAAUCUCUACGAGCUGUGGAAGGACUGGAAGGAGAAAGACGAGAUUCAAAUAUUGCUCUCGAAAAUACCGAAACCCAAGCCACCGCCACAACGAUAA